AUGCCAAAGAUAAGUAACCCAAAGUUACAAAAUCUUCGCUUAAAUCGUCAAAACGAUAAAAACACCAAAAAUUCUCCAGAUGAUAGAACGGCUUUAGAAAUAAUAUCAGGCCUUAGGGCCGAAAAUAUACCUCCACCAGAUAUUGAUUUUAUUAAACGUGUGUUGAAAAAUUCUCGUAAGGCAAAAACCAAGAAAAACGAUCCUCCAAGACCUCCAAACGCAUUUUUUUUAUUUCGUAACGCGUUACAUUCUCAUUUAUCCGCUCAUAAUUUAAAAGUACCUCAAGUUAGCGCUGCGGCUGGAAAAUUAUGGAACAAUGCUGGUGAUGAAAUGAAAAGCAAGUAUAUUAGAUUACAAGAAUUUGCGAAAUCCUUACACUUGCAAAUGCAUCCGGGAUAUGUGUAUCGACCCAGAAGAAAUAUUCAAACUACUUCUUCGAGUAAUUUGGAAUUAGAUAAAAUUUCUUUUGAAAAUAAACCAACUUCAAAUACUUCUGUAGCCCCUCCUUUACCUGAUACCUUUUCCUCCUAUUCAAUUUCUGAGCCAUCCUCUCCUAUCAAAUUUGUUGAUUCUGAUUUGGAACAGUUAACCAUAAUUCAACAUAAUCAAGAUAUUUAUGAAACUAAAGACAAGUCCACAAGAUAUUCUUCUCGAGAUUUCAUUACAUCCGGACAUAAUGGACCAAAUCAAAAAUUGAUGGAAUUUCAUCAAGAAUCUACUCAACCAAAGCAAUCGCUUCCUACGUUUUUAGAUCACUAUUCUUCUCCUGUACAAAAUCAAAGUAAGAGAUAUUACGAUAUCAAUAGUAAAUUUCUUCAGGAUCAACGACAUCAAAGCUUUACAUCUCAACAACUCAAUCAGAUUGAUCCAGUUUCAAUCGCAUUUCCUGUAACAUCCGUCGAUAAUUUCAUCAUGACAUUGGGACAUCAGGCAUUGUCAAAUUUAAAUUCUACGCCCAAUUUAAAUUAUGCGGUUCCAAAUAAUAGUGGAUUUGAUGUAAGACCAAUUGAUGAACCAUAUCAUUAUAACCUACCUGCUAGGUUUGAUUUUGUCGAUAACCAAGGAAAUGAAUUUUUUGAAGAUUGGAUUGAUUGGGAUUAUUUCACUAAAGACACAUUUUAA